AUGUUUAUUUUAGCCUGUGCUGUUAAUCACGUUUGUUAACAUAAUGAUUACACAGCCAUAAAACACGCUAACGAAAUUAGCCUAAAAAACUGCAAGGUUACGUUUAAUUCACAUUUCGAUAAGUUAUUUCCAGAGGUGAACUUGGAACAUGUCCGGGUCUUUGAGUUCAUUUGCAAAGGGAUGUUGCGGCGUCCCAAGCCAACGGACUCGGAGGCAGACCUGUUGAGGGAGCAGGAGCAGUUCCUGGUCUCCGGUGCUCCAUCUGCUGCCAGCGUGGUCCGCAGACCCGACAAGAGGAGAGGAGAUGAAGGAGGUGAUCCGAACGGAGAGAAGGAAAGGAGUCAGAGGGAUGUGGUCACUAUAGAAGAUCUUCCGGACCAACUUCCAUCUCUGACACCAGCCCCUCCCAAGAAGUCUCGCUUUAAAACCAGCCGCGUCACCUUCGAAGAUGAGGAUGCUGAGGAGAGGCUGGACAGACACGACACACACAUCAGCGCCGUUCUCUCCAGGAUUGUGGAGAGAGAUACCAGCUCUGCUCCUGUGUCUCUACCAGCAGUUACAGGCAUGGCGUUCCCCAAAGUGUUUCACCGAUCAGAAACAAGCAAUCAGGUGCCUCUGUCUUUAAAUGGUGGAAGGAAGAGCAUCUUUGCCCAUCAGAUUGCUGCUCAGAGACUCAAGGAGAGCAAGAAAACUUUCUUCUUUUCAUAUGAAGCCGCUCAGACGCCAGAGUCCAGAGAAAAGAACCUGGCUUCUGAGACCAGUAUGGAUACAGAUCAAUGUGAUGCUGCAGAUUUCGUGGAAAUGCCAACUGUCUGCCCCAGGUUGGUCUCUGGUCAGGGGCUCUCAGGCCCAGGUAGCUCAGGCGAGACCCUGAGAAUUCACGAGGAGAACCAGGCCAAACUUCAUGCAAUGUCUGAGUCUGAGAUAUUAGAGGAGCAGAAGAAACUGUUAUCGCAACUAGACCCAGGACUAGUGGAGUUUGUUCGUUCUCGCAAAGCCCUGUCCCCUGCCUCUGCAUCCAAACAGCCUGAGGGUGGACUUCCUCUUGAAAAUGUGAGCAGAGUGUCAGACUCUUCCAGUGCUGCGGUACUGUUUCAGAAGCCCGAAGAUGUCGAGAUGGAAGCAGAGGAGGAGGAGGAACUGCCACCCCCACCUGCUGUGACGGAGGACGACCUGCCAGUGAAACCUCAGAAGAAAUGGGUUCACAUGGACAAACUGGAGCCAGAGAAGCUAGAGUGGAUGAGAGACUUGCCUGUACCCAGAAAGAAAGGAACCAAGAAGGCAAUGCAGGCUCGUUUUGAUUUUGCUGGUACCUUGAUCCCACCGGCCAAAGAUUUGCCCACCCAUCUAGGUCUGCACCACCACGGAGAGGAGCCUGAGCGGGCAGGUUAUUCUCUCCAGGAGCUUUUUCUCUUGUCUCGGAGUCAGGUCAUUCAGCAGAGGAGUCUGGCCCUCAGCACUCUCGCCAACAUCCUCUCAAAGGCACGUGCUGGAGAGUACCUGUCACUUCUAAAAGGGAGUGUGAUGUCGACUCUGCUCGACGCUGGCUUGCUCUUCCUGCUCCGCUUUGCACUGGACGACAGUGUGGAGGGAGUGAUGUCUGCAGCUGUACAUGCACUAAAAGCACUUUUAGUGUUUUCAGAAGACGAAGAAUGUCUGGACUGCACUUUCUCCUGGUUUCGUGGAUUUUCCACCUUCCCUCUGCUGCCGUCUACUCAGGAGGAGGAAGAUGAGGAAGAUGAAGGGCUGGAUGAAAGUAUGAGGGAGACAGACAAAGAGAAGGAGGAACGGAAGAGUGAUCACGAUGUAGCCACACAGGAUGUUGUCAAGGGUUUGUUAAAGAUGAAGCUGCUCCCCAGGUUGCGUUACAUCCUGGAGGUAGUCCGACCAUCACCUCGUGUGGUCCAGGAUGCUCUAGAGGUCCUCACUCGCAUCGCAAGGCACUCUUCCUGGUCUGCCAGCCAGGUGCUGGACUGUCCCCGGCUGAUGGAAACUGUGACGUCUAACUUCCUUCCCACUUCCUGGCCAGCAGCAUCGACACCUCAUCCUCAGUCUGUUUUUGGACUCCCUCUGGCCAGCGCCAUGAAGCUCUUAAGGGUAGUGGCAAGCUCUGGCAGACAUGCCUGUGCCAGACUGUUAAACUCUCUAGGCGUCGGUGAGCGUUUGUCUUGUCUGCUGAGUGCUGAUCCCAGUGAGCUGCUGCUUGAGCCAGCUGAGGCCUUCAGCAUCUCCACAGAGGCUUAUAGGUUAUGGGCUGUAGCGGCUGCUUACGGACAGGCCUGCCAGUUAUUCCUAGAGCUGUAUCCAGCCUUAGUGAAGACGCUGCAGUCUGUUCACCAAGCACUGGACCCUUCAGAUCCUCUGCUGCCGCUGCGGCUCCAGCGGAUUUUGGCCCUGCUUUGUCUGCUCACACAGGUUACCCACACCGCUGGAUGCCACCAGGAGCUACAAGCUGGCAUGGUCAGCUCUCAGGGAGAAGAGUGCCUCCCUCCUCCGCUGGUGUCAUGGAGCCAAGUCACAGGGCUGCAGACACCUUUGCUGGGGCAUUUGAAGGGGUUUUUAAAGAGUCUUGAUAUUUCAAAUCAGAAGGAGAGCAGUCUGACUCUGAUACCAGCUUACCUGAUCUACCUACAAGCAUACUAUCAGCAACUCCCCAAACAGAGCUGUUUCAAGCCAGUGGAGGCUCUACAAGAACUGGAGCAGCUGGCGUCUGAUGUUCUCCUCCCUCUGAUGUCUCACAGUGCUGUUCAAGGCCUGAUACAGAACAUCACGUCCUCGUCGCUAGUUUGUAACACCCAGUCCAGCCGUCUGGACCCAGACACCACCCUUAGCCUCCCUGGUUUGGCAUGCUCAGGCUGGAGGGAUCGUCCUGGGCCUGUUGUUCCCAGCUCCCCUUUCCCUCUACUUACAGGAUUGGGGCUUCUUUUGGAAACAAUCACAAGCAUCCACAAAGGCCUCAGCUCCAAGUUCUCAGGUCUCCUCCUGUCAGAGUCGGUCAUUAGUUACCUGCGUGGGUGCAGUCAAGCUACACCCACACUGUCCCACACCAGAGCCUGGCUCCUUCGUCACGAACACCAUCUCCUCUACCUGUUGCUCCGGCUGUCUCACAGACUGGUUCCCAUUGAUCCAGAAGUGGCGAAGCAUGCUGCACUGUACCACCAGGUGGCGCUGGUAGUUCUUCCAUGGUUAUUACCUGGCAGUGAAUACCUGGCACAUGAACUGCUCUCCACCAUCAUUUUUAACAAAGACUUUAUAGUAGAGGGCCACAGCGGAGGACCUGAGGCCUUGGAGCUGGAGGAGCUGAAGCUGCACGAGGAAGCGCAGCGCCCCCCGUUUCCCUCUCUCCAGACUGUCGGCACUCUCUUGAGAGAAGCCUGCGUCCAGCUGCCGUCCAUCAGGGGGUGCUUCCUUACUCACCUGGCCCAUCUGGAAUCGGCCGUGCUGGUGUCACGGGAAGCUUUCCUUGGCCGCAACCCUUGGAUUGGGUCCCAUCUCUUCCCGGAGCUCAGUGGCCCCACUCUACCGUCUGAUUGGCCUUUCCUUCCGCUUGUCAGCUUGUAUGAACGUACAGCAGUGUCCGGGGGCGGAGGGUUAGCAGUGGGUGAGCUGCCUCCAGGAGCCCUGCAGGCUGUGAUCCACUGUCUACAGUGGCUGCUGCUGCUUGAGAUCUGGAGGGAAAAUGCUCUAAAGAUGAUGCCUCCUGUCGCCAAACUCGCCCGACUGUCCUGCAUGUUCCUGUGUUCCAGCGAUUUAUUCCUGGAGACCCCCGUUCAAAAACUGACCUGGGGUCUGUUUAGACUGCUGACGAGGCGAACCAGGCUGGACUCUCUGGACCUGAAUGUUCCUCCCCCAGGUUUAGCCUCCUUCCAGGACUUGUACUCAGCCCUUUUAGCCCAGUAUGAAGCUGUGUCGUUUGGAGACCGGCUGUUUGGCUGCUGGAUCCUGUUGCCUCUGCAGAGGAGGUACAGUGUUGCCAUGAGGCUGGCUGUCUUUGGAGAACACGUUGGGAUGCUGAGGUCACUGGGGGUCUCUCUGGAGCAGUUGUGCGUCCCUGUUGAGCGGUUCACCUCUCCCCCCGAGGACUCCCUCCCUCUUCUUCGCCUCUACUUCCGCUCUCUGGUAAUAGGGACCCUGAAGCGCUGCUGGUGUCCGGUGCUCUAUGUGGUUGCCUUGUCUCACAUCAACUCCUUCAUCUUCUCCCAGGACGCUGCAGCUCAGGAGGUUGAAGCAGCUCGGCACAGUAUGCUGAGGAAAAUCUACUACCUGACUGAUGAGGUCCUGAGGAACCAUCUGCUGCUCUUCCGUCUGCCACGUCAGCACUCAGAGUUUGGCUUCGAUAUGUACGAGCAGUUGCCUCCCAUUAGAGCAAAGCGCCUGGCAUGCGUCCUGGGACAGCGAGACGGCGGCGGUGAUAAAGGAGACUGACGGAAGCUUGAAGUGAGACUAAAACCAAACCGAAGAGAUGAGCGUGAGUACAUGCAGGGGAGGGACGUUCGCAGUAGGAGACAAUGAGAGACAUUGAUUUUAACUGCUUCAGGUGUCUCAUCAAAGAGCUGUGGAACAGGAGCCAGCACAGCCAUAAAGCCCCAUUUGAAGGAACGCAAACGUGAGGUCGACGCGCCCUGAAUGAAUUAUUCCUCACUAAUGGAGGAACGUUAGUAGAAAUGAUUUGGAAUCUGUCUGGACUACAAUGCGGCCAAAGGGUAAAUACAGAUACUACAAAUUAAGGGCAGAUGCUCAUACACCCGUCCAAAGGCCUGACUUUAUUUUACGCCUGAGAAAUGGCGCGGGACGAUUCUUGGCAUCUCGGUAAAGACCAACGUCUGCUUUACAAGUGCCUGAAAAUAGUUUUCUGUGAAUAAAAUCCAAGUACCUGAGGCUCAA